GGCGUGUCGCGAAGGUGAGCUGCCUGCUCCGCAGUCGGGCCCGGGCCCGCAGUAGACAGCCAGACUCAGGCUGGCAGCAUGGCCGAGUUCAGGGUGAGGGUGUCCACUGGGGGGGCCUGCGGGGCUGGUACGUGGGACAAAGUGUCUGUCACCAUCGUGGGGACCCGAGGAGAGAGCCCCGCGCUGCCCCUGGACCAUUUCGGCAAGGAGUUCACUGCGGGCGCUGAGGAGGACUUCGAGGUGACGCUCCCCCAGGACGUGGGCCCGGUGCUGCUGCUGCGCGUGCACAAGGCGCCCCCGGCGCUGCCCCGCCCGCUCGGGCCGCUGGCCCCGGACGCCUGGUUCUGCCGCUGGUUCCAGCUCGCACCGCCGCGGGGCGCCCCGCUCCGCUUCCCCUGCUACCAGUGGCUGGAGGGGGCGGGCAGCCUGGUGCUGCGGGAGGGGGCAGCCAAGGUCUCCUGGGCAGACCACCACCCCGUGCUCCAACAACAGCGCCAGGAGGAGCUGCAAGCCCGGCAGGAGAUGUACCAAUGGAAGACUUACAUCCCAGGAUGGCCUCACUGCCUUGAUGAGGUGACCGUCAAAGACCUGGACCUCAACAUCAAAUACUCCACAGCCAAGAACACUAACUUUUACCUACAAGGACUCUCUGCGUUCACAGAGCUGAAAAUUAAGGGGCUGCUGGACCGCAAGGGGCUCUGGAGGAGUCUGAAGGAGAUGAGAAGAAUCUUCAACUUCCGGACGACCCCAGCAGCCGAGUACGUGUCUGAGCACUGGCAGGAAGACGCUUUCUUUGCCUCCCAGUUCCUGAAUGGCCUCAACCCUGUCCUGAUCCACCGCUGUCGUUAUCUCCCAAAGAAUUUCCCGGUCACUGAUGCCAUGGUGGCCCCAGUUCUGGGCCCUGGGACCAGUUUGCAGGCUGAGCUGGAGAGGGGCUCACUGUUCUUGGUGGAUCACGGCAUCCUGUCCGGCAUCAAAACCAAUGUCGUUAAUGGGCGGCCUCAGUUCUCCGCAGCCCCGAUGACCCUACUGUACCAGCGCCCAGGGUGUGGGUCCCUGCUGCCCCUCGCCAUCCAGCUCAGCCAGACCCCUGGGCCCAACAGCCCCAUCUUCCUGCCCAGCGACGACAAGUGGGACUGGCUGCUGGCCAAGACCUGGGUGCGCAACGCCGAGUUCUCCUUCCACGAGGCCCUCACGCACCUGCUGCACUCGCACCUGCUGCCCGAGGUCUUCUCCCUGGCUAUGCUGCGCCAGCUGCCCCACUGCCACCCGCUCUUCAAGCUGCUGGUCCCGCACACACGGUACACCCUGCACAUCAACACGCUCGCGCGAGAGCUGCUCAUCUCACCUGGGCAGGUGGUGGACAGGUCCACAGGCCUCGGCAUUGGAGGCUUCUCUGAGUUGAUACAGAGGAACAUGGAGCAGCUGAACUAUUCUGUCCUGUGUCUGCCCGAGGAUAUCCGGACCCGAGGAGUUGAAGACAUCCCGGGCUACUACUACCGGGAUGACGGGAUGCAGAUCUGGGGUGCAGUGGAGCGCUUUGUCUCUGAAAUGAUUGGCAUCUACUACCCGAGUGACGUGUCUGUCCGAGAUGACAGAGAGCUCCAGGCCUGGGUGAGGGAGAUCUUCUCUGAGGGCUUCCUAAGCCGGGAGAGCUCAGGUAUGCCCUCUUCACUGGAGACCCGGGAAGCCCUGGUGCAGUAUGUCACUAUGGUGAUAUUCACCUGCUCAGCCAAGCACUCUGCUGUCAGUGCAGGGCAGUUUGACUCCUGUGCUUGGAUGCCCAACUUGCCACCCACCAUGCAACUGCCACCACCCACCUCCAAAGGCCAGGCAAGGCCUGAGGGCUUCAUAGCCACACUCCCACCAGUCAAUGCCACGUGUGAUGUUGUCAUUGCCCUCUGGUUGCUAAGCAAGGAGCCUGGAGACCGAAGGCCCCUGGGCACCUACCCAGAUGAGCACUUCACGGAGGAGGCCCCGCGACGGAGCAUCGCUGCCUUCCAGAGCCGCCUGGCCCAGAUCUCGAGGGGCAUCCGGGAGCGCAACCAGGGCCUGGUGCUGCCCUACACCUACCUGGACCCUCCCCUCAUCGAGAACAGCAUCUCCAUCUAAAUCCCAGGAGAACACGGCCCAUGUGACAUACAUCCCUUGACCACAUCUCUCUAGGCUAACCAGCACCCAGAGAAAAGGACCCCCCAGAAAAACAGGCCUCCAUGUGCCUCUCCUGGGACAACCAGGCCCCAUGUACCUCACCCCCUUGCACACACAAAAAACAGAAAAACAAAAUCAAAACAGAGAAACAACAAACCCACUGAGAACAGAAUCUCAGGACAGUACCACCAAGCCUUUUGGAGACUCCAAGCCUCAAAGUGCC